AAUAUCUCAUUUCUUUCUACACUGUGCAUCCCACACAUUUCUCUCAGCCAUGGAGCACUGUUACUUUGUUUCUCUCAUCCUUUUCGCUUUCGUACUAUCAUCUACCAUCGCGUCCACUGUAACUUCCGAUAACCCCGACGACGUUCCUUUGAUUCGUCAAGUAGUACCUGAAGAUGAUCAUCUCUUGAACGCAGAGCAUCAUUUUAGUCUCUUCAAAUCUAAAUUCGGAAAAAAAUACGCUACUCAGGAGGAACAUGAUUUCAGAUUCACAGUGUUUCAAUCUAAUCUACGACGAGCUAAAAAGCACCAGAAGAUAGAUCCUACGGCGGUUCACGGUGUCACCAAGUUCUCGGACCUGACGCCACGUGAGUUUCGCCGCCAGUAUCUCGGCUUGAAGAAGCUUCGUCUUCCUGCUGAUGCUCACCAGGCUCCGAUUCUUCCUACUGACAAUAUUCCUGAAGAUUUUGACUGGCGUGAGCAGGGUGCUGUUACUGGCGUUAAGAACCAGGGAGGAUGCGGAUCGUGCUGGUCGUUUAGUGCAGUCGGAGCUUUGGAAGGAGCUCAUUUUUUAGCAACAGGGGAGCUAGUGAGCUUAAGCGAACAACAGCUUGUGGAUUGUGACCAUGAGUGCGAUUCAACAGAAUCUGAUUCAUGCGAUUCAGGCUGUAACGGUGGCUUGAUGACCAAUGCAUUUGAGUACACACUGAAGGCCGGUGGACUAGAGCGAGAGGAGAAUUAUCCUUAUACUGGAAGGGAUGGUGGCCCUUGCAAAUUUGACAAAACGAAAAUUGUUGCAUCUGUUAGUAACUUCAGUGUCGUUUCCAUUGAUGAAGAACAAAUUGCUGCAAAUUUAGUAAAGAAUGGUCCACUUGCAGUGGGGAUCAAUGCAGCUUAUAUGCAGACAUACAUGGGAGGAGUUUCCUGCCCAUACAUUUGCAUAAAGCGUCAGGAUCAUGGGGUGGUCCUUGUGGGAUAUGGAGCUGCAGGUUAUGCUCCUAUCCGGUUUAAGAACAAGCCUUUCUGGAUUAUCAAGAACUCAUGGGGUGAAAAUUGGGGAGAGAAUGGAUAUUACAGAAUAUGCAGGGGCCGCAAUAUCUGUGGAGUUGACGCAAUGGUCUCAACUGUUGUUGCUGCUGUUCACACAGACAAUGAGAAAUGAUUGCAAUUGGCAAUAGAGCUGUUGUAAAUAUGAAGUAUGUUGUGUAUUGUUAUAAGAUAUGUUGUUACUAAUCUAGAUGCCAUUGAUGCUGGCUUAUCAGGAUUGUCUGUUGUUAAAGGGUUGUAUAUGCUUAUUGCUAAAGAAACUUGAUUAUACUUAUGCAGUGAAGGCUUUUAGAGAGCCUUUGUAUAAUAAACUCAUGCAUUUUCGAUUGUA